ACCGCCAGAAAAAGUCAAAAAGAAGAAGAAGAAAACUUAUUAAGGCAAAGAAGAGGGCGGAGGCCUGCAUUGAAUUUAAAGAGCAGAAGAAUUGACGCUAAUAUUUGGCCGUUUUGUCAAGCGAUGAGGUUGUGAACGCCUCUGGGUUUGGGACAUUGGUUACAAUGCUGCACAGUGGAACUAUGAUUAAAUAGAGUAUCGUGUUGAGAUACUCUGACACUGUCACACUACCUGACAAUAGUUCACAGACAUGCCGUGGUGCCUAAACACUAAGCGGAAAUAUAAUUUGUAACGAUCACAAGACACCAUGGUCGACAAUCGCUAUGCCACAGCCCUCGUCAUCGGCUCGGUGCUGAGCCUACUGGCGACAGUGUAUCUGUCUGUGGCUGUGGGAACUCAACACUGGUACCAGUACAGCUGUCCACCAGUUAAACGUGAGGGGAGCAACGCCUCCGAGCUCAGAGAGGAGUUCAUCAAUGGAGAGUUUGAUGAGAAGACUUACAGCGACACCAUGUUCCGCCUGAACGGCACCCUGGGACUGUGGUGGAGGUGCAUACUGGUGCCCAGCCAGUCUCACUGGUUCAAAGAGCCAGAUCCGAAGAUGGAGAGGCAGUGUGUGAGCUUCACUCUUCCUCAGCAGUUUAGUCCAAAGUACAAAUACCCUGGAAACCAUAACGGCGAAGAAGAUGUGCUGAGAACAUGUGAGUUUACUCUGUUGCCCCUGUAGUGGAAAAUGUCCAUG